AUGUCCAGGCUGAGAGAGAAAAGCAGUGGAGUUCAUUUCGCACUGGCUCCCAUCCUGGCAUGGGUUACUAUUCCCUUUCUGGCCCGCACUUAAGUACAUUUCUUUGCACCCAGGCUUCAUUCAUCAGACACGUGGGACUGAUAGGAGUUCACUGUAACACUCACUUAGGCACGGGUUUGAAGAAGCCACACUUUGGUGUCUCUGACUACAAAAUUCUUGAUUUGCUUAUCUGACAGGAAAACUACUCAGAUACUGACUGAUACUGACACUGGACUGUCCAUAAGAAUACCAGGCAGGGCAGCAGGUUGGCUGACCCUCUGAGGAAAACCCUUAACAGAGCUCAUCUUUUCCUGACUCCCUGGCUACGUGUGACCAAGGGCAGUAUACUGUACAGCGCUGAGAGAUACCAGCCAAAGGCUUUGUUUGCUUCCCUGCCUGCCCCUAUUGCAAACAGCUUCCUUCCUGUACCACAGCACAACACACACACAGCCUUGAGUCAGGACUCAAAACACACUGCUCCUUCCCGUUGACUCUUUCCACAUUUUGUUGUGUUACAGCCUGAAUUUAAAAUGGAUUAAGUUUAUAUUUUGUUUCACUGGCCUACACACCAUACCCCAUAAUGUCAAAGUGAAAAAAUGUUUUUAGAUUAUUUCUCUCCAAUUAAUUAAAAAAAUGAAAAGCUGAAAUGUCUUCAGUCAAUAAAUAUUCAACCCCUUUGUUAUGGCAAGCCUAAAUAAGUUCAGGAGUAAAAAUGUGCAUAACAAGUCACAUAAUAAGUUGCAUGGACUCACUCUGUGUGCAAUAAUAGUGUUUAACACAAUUUUUGAAUGACUACCUCAUCUCUGUACCCCACACAUACAAUUAUCUGUAAGGUCCCUCAGUCGAGCAGUGAAUUUCAAACACAGAUUCAACCACAAAGACCAGGGAGGUUUUCCAAUGCCUCGCAAAGAAGGGCACCUAUUGGUAGAUGGGUAAAAAAAUAUAAAUAAACAUACAUUCAAUAUCCCUUUUGAGCAUGGUGAAGUUAUUCAUUACACUUUGGAUGGCGUAUCAAUACACCCAGUCACUACAAAGAUACAGGCGUCCUUUCCAACUCAGUUGCCGGAGAGGAAGGAAACCGCUCUGGGAUUUUACCAUGAGGCCAAUGGUGACUAUAAAACAGUUAGAGUUUAAUGGCUUUGACAGGAAAAAACUGAGGCUGGAUCAACAACAUUGUACUUACUCCACAAUACUAAACUAAAUGACAGAGUGAAAAGAAGGAAGCCCGUACAGAAUAAAAAUAUUCCAAAACAUGCAUCCUGUUUGCAAUAAGGCACUAAAGUAAAAUUGCAAAACAUCUAGCGUAGAAAUUAACUUUGUCCUGAAUACUAAGCGUUAUGUUCGGGGCAAAUGCAACACAUCACUAAGUGCCACUCUUCAUAUUUUCAAGCAUGGUGGUGGCUGCAUCAUGUUAUGGGUAUGCUUGUCAUCGGCAAGGACCUCAGAGUUUUUUUUUUAGGAUGAAAAUAAAUGGAAUAGAACUACGCACAGGCAAAAUUCUAGAUGAAAACCUGGUUCAGUCUACUUUCCAACGGACUCUGGGAGACAAAUUCCCCUUUCAGCAGGACAAUAACCUAAAACACAAGGCCAAAUCUACACUGGAGUUGCUUACCAAGACAGCAUUGAAUGUUCCUGAGUGGGCUAGUUACAGUUUUUUAAGAAUAAUGUGCAACUAUUGUAACGUAUUGACUCAGCGGUGUGAAUACUUGUGUAAUGAGAUUUCUGUAUGUCAUUUUCAAUACAUUUGCAAAAAAUUCUAAAAACGUUUUCAAUUUGUCAUUAUAGGGUAUUGUAUGUAGAUGGAUGAGAGAAAAUAAAUGUGAUCUAUUUUGAAUUCAGGCUGUAACACAACAAAAUGUGGAAUAAGUCAAGGGGUAUGAAUAAUUUCAGAAGUCACUGUAGCCUAAACUAGAGGGACAUCAUGUUUUUUGUGUGAUUUUUAAACAUCUCUGUUCUUGUUCGUUUGGCUAGCUUAUAUAUUUUUUUAUGCUGUAGUGAGUGGUUGAGGGAGAAAUGGCAUGGGCCAGUUCUGUUUUUCUGAUUUUCAGUGAUUUCUGUAUUGCUAUUAAGCCUUAGUUGUUAAGCCUUAAAGUAACUGUCCAGUGAAAUAUAUAUUUUUAAAGCUCAUUCUGUUUGCUCAUAACCAAAUAAUGUUGUUGACUUGUCCUUUAUUUUGUGGCCAAAGCAUAAAUUAGAGAAAAAACACUCAGUAAACUUGUUUUUGAAGCAAACAUUUUAAAUAAACGCUUGAAAUUUGCUUAGAUCAGGGGUGUCAAACUCAUUUUAGCUCAGGGGCCACAUGGAGGAAAAUCUAUUCCCAAGUGGGCCAGACCGGAAAAAUCAUGGUAUAUAUAUAACUUAAAAACAACAACUUCAGAUUGUUUUCUUUGUUUUAAUACGAUCAACAUACAACAUAAAGCUGGAGCCUGAGGACAGUGUGUCCAAAAUAGUACAAGCACAACAUCACUAUUAAUCAUAAAACACGUCAAGUUUAUUUGAAAAUUCUAAAGAAAAAGAACACACAAACACACAAUGCCUCAGUGAUUCACAUAACUGUUUCACAGAUCACAGAACUAUAUCAGGGUGUCAUUUCUCAGGCAGAAAUGUAGAUACAAAUAAUGAAAUCCUGUUCCCCAAACAAGUGCAAGAACCACAGAGUCAAGAAUAGGUUAAAUAUACAAAUAAAAUAAAAUCAAUUAAAAACAAUAGCACAUCAACAUAAAAACAUAUAAACAUAAAUCUGAAAGCGUUGCUCAAACUCCCGUAACAGUCCCGUUAUUUUAUCUUUGAACCGCUUCAUGUCUGCCACAUGUUGGGACGCGCACACAUUUUUCAGACAGGGGAAGUGAGCUGCAUCACCACCGGCAAGUUGCGUCUCCCACAAUGACAGCUUCAACUUGAAAGAACGUAUGCUGUCAUAAUACUGCGUGACAACUUUGUUGCGCCCUUGCAGCUGUUUGUUCAAGUUAUUCAGAUGCUCUGUAACAUCCACCAUAAAUGCAAGGUCCGGCAUCCAUUCUGCGGAAUGAAAUUCUAACACUGGUUUGCCCUUUUCUUCCAUGAACUGUUCAAUUUCUUCUCGUAAAUCAAAGAAACGCCUCAGCACAGCACCUCGGCUUAACCAUCUUACCUCAGUGUGGUAUGGCAGGCCAUAGAUGUGGUCUUUCUCUCUGAGAAGGCUGUCAAACUGACGGUGAUUCAGGCUUCUGGAUCGGAUGAAAUUAACAGUUUGGAUGACCACCUUCAUGACGUUAUCCAUCUUUAAUGACUUGCAACAUAAAGCCUCCUGGUGCAAAAUACAGUGAAAAGUCAAAAAAUCACGUCCUCCAUUUGCAGAUUACACUUUCUCUCUGAACUUUGUCACAACGCCUGCUUUUUUCCCCGAUCAUUGAGGGCGCACCAUCUGUAGCCAGGCUGACAGCGCGGGACCAGUCCACUCCGACCCUGUCCAGCGCGCCGACGAGUGCGGUAAAAAUAUCAUCGGCACCAACUCCACGAACUCCUCGUGACGGUCAAUGUGUCAUCAACUCCGCGGAUGAAAAAAUGGCCAGUUGUGCAACAUCUGUAAUGUCCGUGCUUUCAUCAAUUGCAACCGAAAACGCAAUAAAUUACUUUACUUUUUGCUUCAACUGGCUGUCCAAAUCCACUGAAAGAUCGGAAAUCCUGUCUGCAACUGUGUUUCUUGUCAGGCUGAUAUUUGCAAAAGCCUGCCGCUUUUCAGGGCACACAAUCUCCGCUGCCUUCAUCAUGCAUGUUUUUACAAAUUCACCCUCACUAAAUGGUUUUGAAGCCACUGCGAUUUCAUUAGCAAUGAGGUAGCUACCUUUCACUGCAGCGUCACUGAUGUCUCGGCUGUGAGUAAACACAGACUGCUGUUUCUUCAGACCCGCCAACAGUUCAUUCACCUUCUCUCAUCUCCGCUGUCCUUGAAAGUUGUCAUAUUUGUCGGCAUGAAGACUCACAUAGUGGCGACAAAGGUUAUAUUCUUUCAGCACUGCAACAUGCUCUGAACACACCAAACAUACAGCUUUCCCAUUCAAUUCCGUGAUUAAAUAGGAUGACCAUUUUUCUUGGAACACUCUGCACUCUGCGUCCACUUUUCUCUUUUUUGACAGAGACAUAUUGGGGCAAUGAGGGUGCCAAAGCACAUAAUGUUAAAAGUAGAAGCCGUAAUAAAUAUCGCGGGCAAAACAAAGUAGCUCAUUGGCUGCACGUGCUUGACCUACUUGCUCUGCCCCGGUAUAAACAGUUUGCUUGCUUAACACAAUUGCUAUUGCGCCACCCAGUGGACGCAAUUGGAACAGCAGUUAAUUUUAUUGAAAAAUUGCAGCGCAUUUUUAUACUGAUUAUUUUUUUUUUUUUUUUUUUUUUUUUUUUUUUUUUUUUAUAUAUAUAUAUAUAUAUAUUUUUUUUUUUAAUCAUCUCGCGGGCCGGAUUAAACCCGUUUGCGGGCCUUAUCCGGCCCGCGGGCCGUACGUUUGACACCCCUGGCUUAGAUAAUGACAUCCUCUUUGGCCAAGACGGGCCCUUAUGUGAUUAGUCUAGCAGCUUUUUCCUUUUUCCAAAAUUCUCCGGUGGGAAAGAAGAUCCUUCUCAAGACUAGGGGACCGAGUUGGUCCGUGCUAUCUGGAUCCUUGGGACGUCCCUAGGAUUAAGUUGAACAUUAGAAGGGUUAAGGCGUCCGCAUGCUUCCCAUCCGAAACAGUUCGGAACAGUUCGUGCAUAUAUUAUGACGACAUUUUGUGUUGUUUUUGUUCGUUUUGGUCUUCGGCAAGUUUUUUUCCGGCUGUUCGUGCACACACUUUUUUUUUCUCCCCGAGGCAAGCCGAAGUCUACGUGCCUUCGUCUGUGAUUUGUCAACAGUAGGGAUUCUUCAAUAAAGUGUGUCAUUCAAUGAGACAUUGUUUUCAUGCAAAAAAAAAUGUACUUGCGAAAAACAGCACCAAACAUCUUAGAUGUAAAAUUGCACGACCAAGAUAUUUUCUGCAAAAAGGUAAAAACUCAAAUCUGUCAUUAAUUAUCUCAGAUUAAUUCUGACUGUUUUGAGGAAAUGUAAAGAUGGACAAACAGUACUCGGGCCACUUUUUUCUCGUUUUUCAAGCAAAGGAAUAUAGUGACAACGCAAAGGACAGAAACGACUCACACUUGUGAAAUAAUCAGUCUGCAUUUAUUGCUGUUAUAGUAAAGUGCACUAGUAGUUCCAUCGUGUGUUUCCAAAUACUGAAUCCAUCCAUACUAUUUGACUUGGCAGUCGGCCCCAGUGCCCCCACAUGGAAGCUAAUUUGAAUAUCCAGGUGUAUGCAAGUCUCAUUGGAUGAGCUGUCAAAGCAGUUUUUUUUUACCAGUAUACUCCCAAACCACUCUGUUUCCUAACAGGCUAAGCAGAGGCACAGAGAAAAGCUGCUUUUUAACAUCCCUCAUUAUAUAUUUUUUUAAGGACAUCUAUUUAAUUCAUGUUGUAAUUAAUUGUAGGUAAUAUUUCAUAAACAAUCUGGAACACUGGACAGAUACUUUAAGAUGUAGUAGUGGAAUGGUUGAGAGAGGAGAAAUCUAGGCUCAAGUUCCCUCUGCACAUAGUUUCAUAACAGUGUGUGUGUCAUGUGAGGGAUCAUCAAUCAUAACGUCUGCCACAGUAUCACGUCUGUAUUCCCCAGUCAGUCACAACCUAUAAAAGUAGCUGCCGGGUUAGAUGAGGGGAAGUCAUUGCUUUUUGACUUCCAAUCUCCUGCUUCCCUGUCUUGAGGCAGCCCAGUGGUCUGAGCAGGCAGCCCAGUGGUCUGUAAGACCGCUUGUCGACAUGUUCUUCCUAUCGGUGCUAUUUUAAGUGAUCCAAGCGUUCUCAGAACAGCAGGGUCAUGGUAAAGAUAUAUUUUUGCGUAAAGCACCCUCCCCUGUCUUCACCUAUGGUACUGGCAUGGUAAGUACUGGUAGUUGCCUAUGUCUUAAUGAAAACAGAAUAGCCUAUUUGUGGGAGAUUUAGGCCAUCAAAUGUAAAGUUAUGCAGACUACUAGACCUAUUUCUUGAAUUCUUCCAUGCUCUGUUAGUUAGCAGCACAAUCAGGAUUUCCUCAUAAACAACCCGUGUAGCUCAGUUGGUAGAGCAUGGCUCUUGCAACGCCAGGGUUGUGGGUUCGAUUCCCACGGGGGGCCAGCAUGAAAAUGUAUGCACUCACUAACUGUAAGUCGCUCUGGAUAAGAGCGUCUGCUAAAUGACUAAAAUGUAAACCACAUCAAAGCCUUUGAAAAGCUGGUGUUUGAACGGUGUAGGCCUACCAGCAUUUAUCCUAGAUUUUAAUAUGCAGGCCUAAAAGCGUCCAAAUGCUUCCCAGCCGAAAACAUUUCGGAACAGUUUGUGCAUAUAUUAUGAUGACAUUUUGUGACGUUUUAUGUUCAUUUGGUCUUCGGCAAGGUUUUUUUUUCGGUUGUUCGUGCACACAAAAAAAAUGUCUCGAGGCAAGCCCGAGGUUGGCAGCCGAAGUCUACGCCCCUUCGUCUGUGAUUGGUCAACAGUAUGGAUUCUUCAAUGAAGUGUUUGUUGUCAUUUCAUGCACUUAAAAAAAAUUAAACUUGAAAUACUGCACCAAACAUCUUAGUUGGAUGUAAAAUUACGCGACUAAGAUCUCCUUGUUAACUCAAGAAAUCUGUAAUUAAUUGAUGUUAUCUUAGGUUAAUUCAGACUUUUGAGGACGUUGUCUCAAAAUGGACAAACAGUACUAUUGCAAUUAUUUUCUCGUUUUUCAAGCAAAGGUCUUGCAAGCAAACAGUCGUUGGUUUCGCCUAGCCAAGUUCAGCAAGGCGCCAGCCGAACUGAAGCAUGCUGACGCCUUAACACACCCUCAGAAUUCUAACCCUGGCUUUAAUACCAACUUAGCCAGAAACCCUGUUUGCUGUUUCACAGAAUUGGCAGUCAGAGCUUGUGUCCCAAAUGGCACCCUAUUUUUGUUCAGUGUACAUAACAUUCAUAUUUAACUAUUGGAUUAUUAUUAGUCUAACCCUAUCCAUUGUUGACUUUUAAAAAUGAUUAUUUUACAUAAUAGGGCCAUGGUACUGGCAGCCUCCUGUUUGUGUGGUGUUGUCAGCUUUAAUGCUGGCUGUGGAUCAUUUACAGCAGGAAUCAGAUCGUCAAUCAUGUUCAUGUGUAAAGUUACUCCAUAGACUGAUAUGAACACUUAAAGGCCUCUCGGAAUGUAAUCUAGGCCUAUUUAGUUGACAGAGUCCCAUAUCAGUGAUAUAUCCCAUAUCACCUGACUACCUACUUUCUUUCUGUACAUUCUGGCAAAGCAGAGGGUGAGACACUCAAUAUUGCAGGGGCUUUCAGUCAGCCAUUUCUUGGUCUAGAACUGAAGCCCAGAAUUAGGCCUAGUCCCCUUGCACUCAGUUUUGACUUAGAAUAGAAUAACUGUAUUUUCCCCAGAGAGAACGUGAGUUUGGCAAGUCUGAUCGGAUGCGUGAAGUAAACAUGUGUAAUACUAUUGCUGCUACAACAUCACACCGUUCUUACACACUUGUGAUGCAGCAUGAUCUACUCCGUCAUAGACACACAGCUCUUGGGUUUGUGGUUUCCUCUGGCAUCCUUUCCAUUGAACAAUCGGGUUGAACUUGGUUCAACGGAGAAUGUGGACGUGAUGUCAUCCACACACUCAUGGAUCAUGUGACUCAUAGAGUAGAAUGCAGAAGUGAGCGCUCACCUGGCUGAAACCAAGGAAACACAACAGGUUGUGGGUCAGGUGUCCCAGUGAGCCAGCCGUGGUGGGGCCUUGGAAGGAACUGUCUACUAGUGUCCUGUCAUUCUUGUUGUUAUCAUAGAGCGAAAAUAGAUGUUGGUUUGAACUUUGAAGCUUCUCCGCAUUAGCAUCUUGUGGCUUCUCUGGGGCUGUGAGAGAGACUAGAGAGAGGGGUUUCACAUCACAGACACACACACUCUUCUAGGGGUCACAGUUCACAGUCACUGUAUUUUGCCUGAUUUUUUUUAGUUUCAGCAGGGGGGGUUGCCUACAGAUCCAGUUGCUGUGUGUGUGACAGUGUUUGUGUGUUGGAGGGGUAAGCAGGUGUUCUCUUUCACCCACAAGAAAGUGUGAUUAGGUUAUUCUAGUACCCAGUGUCCUAAAGCAGGGUUUCAUUUUCAACCCAGAGUGUUAUAAUAUAGCCUAGCUGGCCGGGAGCACCAGAAUGCUUAUCUGGAAAAGUACCCUCUGUGGAUUCAAAAACAACCCCCAUUAUCAGACAGAGGAAAAGCAUCACAGUUUAGGUUGAUUAUUUAUGUAACAUACAUGUUCACCUCUCUUGGCUGCCCACCACACACACACACACACACACACACACACACACACACACACACACACACAGUGUCCCAAUGGCUUCUGUAGUGUGUGUCUGUCUGGUGGGAGGGAGGGCUGUUUGAGGUCACAGCGAGGAGGACAUAUUAUUCCCUGUGAAGACCUCCAGUGGAUGGCUGUGCCUGUCACUUUCUUUAGUUCCAGAGGGGGACUAGACGCCCGCCCAGUGGGCAGCGGCAGUGCUGGGAUGCCUUUGUCCAGGCGCUGUCCAGCACAGCGCAAAGAUCACCUGACAGUCUCAUGUUGUUGUGUGAAUUUAGUUCAGCGCUAUUCUUAGCUACGCACUGGACGAGAGGGUGAGGAGAGGGCCGGGGGAAAGAGUGGAAAGACUGGCAGAUGCACAAUGAUGCCCAGGUACCUAGUAAUAUUUAACACAGCUUGCUGCUUGUGUGCAUGAUUAUUGUCAGGUGUUUGUGAUACUGUUCAGGAUUUGACUGUGUUGGAUUUGAAUGUGGUUAGAAUACCUAACUCAAGGUUACUUUCAGCUUCACGGAGAGAGCUGCAGCUGUGUGUUGCGGUGCUUGGAUCUACUCGUUUUUAAGUGGUGCGAGGCUAUAUAUUUUCACUAUCAUUGUGGUGGUGUCAAUGUGCUGCUGUGUUAUGUAAUGUAAUGUGGUGAUUAGUGCUCUGACAGCUUGCAGUUGCUUCUCUGUUUACUGCCUUUCAGUCAAAGGCUGUCCGUCUUCUGUCAUUUUUAGGGAGUUUACUUUGGCACUGCAGGGCUCCGGAUCACACAAUGCUUCUUUGUAGGUUGUAUGCUCUGAUUGAUACAGCUGAGCUAUAAACAAAUUGUUGUUGUUUUUACAAAUGCCCUAGGCUAAAUAGUAGUACAUUUGAAACAUUCAUAGACUGAGGGAUAGAGAAAGACAUUGAGAGAUGGAUACUGCAAGGAAAUGAAUAUGAUGUUUAUAGGCCUUUUGUGUAGGCUGUUUUAUAGGCUCAGUCCGAAUUGAGGUCAGCACUGUGCUGCUGUAUGUAACAGUCUUAUAGUCAUGUGCUGCUGCUUUUAUGAAUGGCUCCUGAUAGCUGACUGUCACAGGGUCUGUUUCCUUGUUUCUCCCCGCUCUAACUCUGUCCCUGGUCCAAUGAUACAAAGUUCUUAAACUGCUCCACUUUCUCUUGUCUGCUGACUUCUGUCCUGAUAAGAUGGAGAGCUGAAUUAUCUGUUAUCCUCUGCUGAAAUGAUUUGCCAAGGUCAUAUUUUGUUUUGUUUUUGUACUCCGUUCUGUUUAUUAGGCUGAAUGAAUCAAAUUACUAGCUUUAGCUAGGUCUAGCCUAGGCUAUUAUGUAAAGGUAUCACAGUAUCAUGCUGAGGAGUAAUGACAUGGUCCUUAAAGCAUAUUGACAGGGGCUCUAGGCCUGCACUACUGUCAUUUGAUCCCAUAGUGUAGGCCAUACAGUAUUUACAUCACACUGCCUAAAACUGUAGGUCAUAGCGAGACUAGUUGGGCCUCUGUCUGUGGGUGAAUAUUAAUAAUGUUCAUCCCUCAGUGAAUGGCCUUUUCUCAAUUGGAUUUGCUAAGCUUUUGCGUCCUGUCUCCUCCAUCUCUCACCUCCUUUUGAAAAAGGUCAAAGCUAAUUGAGGGGCGUUGAGGAGAAGGAACGUGGACGAAAAUGCGCUUGUAUGACUCCACUCGUGCAUCAUCAGGCAAAUUACGUUUACAUGGGGUGGAAUCCCCAAAUGAAUGUGUAAAGUGAUAAAACAAAUGUAGCUAGUUGUGCAAUACAUCUUAUAGAUAAAAGGAUAAGUAGAAUGUCAUUUUGAAAUGUUUGCAUUAUUUUCUCCUUCGGGAAAACAACUGCUUCAAGUUGUUGUUUUGUGGCAGAUAUCAAAACUCUUCCGCGAAGGAUACAUUUUACAUUUUAGUCAUUUAGCAGACACUCUUAUCCAGAGCGACUUAGUGAGUGCAUACAUUUUCAUACCGGCCCCCCGUGUGAAACGAACCCACAACCCUGGCAUUGCGAGCGCCAUACUCUACCAACUGCGCUACAGGAGGGCCAAGGAUACACAUCACUAUCCUCGAUGAUAGGUGGCUAUCGAGGAGUGGAGGACACUUCCGUUCGCCUACUAACAAAUUGACACUCCUCGACUACUCGAAGACUUAUCGGUUUCCGCGUCACGAAGGAGAGAGGACAGACUUUUGCCCAAAUGAGUAAAAUUCAAUGCCUCAUGCAUACCUCAGAGCCAACAUCAUUGAUGACUUGGUUGUCUGAGGGGAAUUGGAUGUUUCUGAACAGAAUAUAUAGGCUAGCUAUGGAGAGCCAGGGGUGUUACAGGAUGUAUCCCAAAUGGCACCCUAUUCCCUAUAUAGUGACUACUUUUGACCAUAACCCUGUGGACCAAGUAGUGCAGUAUAUAGGGAAUAGGGUGCCAUUUGGGACAAAGGUGCCGUCUGUUUGACGAUUCUGCUCUUCCCUGCUCUCUACAAUGGGUAGGGGAGUAUUCUUGGCCUGCCUUGGAAUGCUGAUUCCCCCCAGGGUAGGCCUUGCUUUCAACAUGGACAACUUUUGCACUCCCUGAAUGAGUCCAUGGAUGAUUAUUUCUAGGAUUCGUGUACCAUCACCUCAUUUGCUUUCAAGGUUUAAUUUCAUGAAUGUUGUUUUUCAUUUAGCCUACCUCCUCGAUUAGUGCUUUCAUUGAGGCAUUAUGUUAGGCCGAUGUGAUACGAGCUAGGCUUGGGCGUUAUCCAGUGUCAUACCUUCAUACCGACCUUGUACCAUAUGGGAUAUUCGGUAAUAUUGGCACUGAACACAAGGGGCACUGUUUUCAAACGCCACUGAGGCUCUGUAAUCCGAAGGUUAUCAAUGCUAACAAGUACAUGUAAAAUCCCAUAGAGAAUGCUAACUAAAUGCAAACGAGGGCAUUGCAAACAUUUUAUAGUCUCUGACCUAAACUAUACAAGUAACUAAAAUAUUCAAAUGUAUUAAGAAACUUCAAAGAAAUAGUGAUAUAUACAGUGUACCACCCAAGCCCCUAAUACCAAUGAUACAAUUGAUCAAAGAACUUGAGAUGAGCAAUGGAUAAUUGAUUAAAAGUUCCUUUGGACUAGAGGUUUAAGAAUAACUAAUCCCCCCCCCCCCCCCCCCCCCCAAGUGAAGUGAAUGGUUUAGCCUUGAGGAAUGUUGGUUAUACUGUGACUGACACCAGUGUUUUGGCAAACAGCAGGUCACACAACACACACAUUUGUAGCCCAGACCAGUACACAUCCCUGGCCCUGAUGGGCCACAGCAAUGCAGAGAACACAAAUACCAGUGGGUUAGCUCCCUGUCAAUACCCUAAGCCCCCUCACCCCUCCUCAAAACAGUGGCAUUUAAGAGGACCCCUCCUCACAGACUCUCCAAUAAACAGUUAGAAAUAGGCCUAUCCACUACCUGCUUCCCAUUCCUCAGACUUGAGUAAAAUCCUCCUCUGUCUCGUCCGUCUGUCCAUCACUUUUUUUAUGGCCCUCCAAACCAAACAGGCCCUGUGGUGGAGGCUGGGGGGUGGCCAUAGCUGUCUCUGCUCCCCAUCAGGCAGGCGGCGGAAUGAGGGGAGGAAUGGCAGCAAUGGCACGACGGUUGACGUGACCAGGCCCACCGACCGAAAGGGCUGACCGCUUAAGAGGACUUAUUAACCAACUGUCAGUCCAUCACUGACCCUGUUUGACUUUAUAUUAUAAUUGAUCCUUUAUUUGAUGGUGUUCACCUGGGCCAUUAUGGGCCUCUGCUUGGUUCUGCUACUCUGACUGUGUGAAGACAGGUCUGACUGGGGAAUAUCUGUCUCUACGUGCUGCUGAUGUUUUGGGAGUCAGUUUGAUAGUUUUAGUAAAAGGUCUACAUUCAUUGCUAGUAGUGCCAGUAUGGUCAUAUGCUUCAUGCUUGUCCCCUCCCCCCCUCUCUCUCUUUCUCUCUCUCUAGCUGGUCAUCCCCACAGCUGGACCCUAGCCAGAUCAGAUUGAUAGUGUACCAAGACUGUGAGCGUCGGGGGAGAAAUGUCCUCUUCGACUCCAGUGCCAAAAAGAGGAGUGCAGAGGAAGCCCCUGCCUCGGUGAGUGACACUUGGGUGAGGGAUAUGGGGGAGGUGUGUCUGUCUAACAGAGAUGUUUUAUGAGUCUGUACACCUUAGUGUGGGGGAAAUGGGUAAGGCUGUCUAAAGCUCCUGUGGCUAUAAUAGAGAGGGCUUGACCGGUUUGAACUGGAGCUCUUAUCUCCAAUAAUAAUAGCAUCAGCUGAUACCCGCCACCGAUGUGUAAACAUUCCUCCAGACUCACAUGACCACAGUCUCUGUGACUCUCUCUCUCUCUCUCUCUCUCUCUCACACACACACAUCUUCAGCCCUUUUGGCAUUGCGCUGUCAUGGGUUGCUGCAAUGUACUUUGGUGUUGACAACGCCCCAACCGCUUGACCUGUAUCACCCUUGGGUCCAAAUAGAACAUUUGUAUUUACUUUAACAACCUGUUCUCAAUCCUCGUUGCAAAAAGCAAUAUGAGUUUAUUGGAUAAGGGCCACAAUUAGCUAGGCCUGUCUAUGUAACAAGUGUGGGUACUAUGUUAGUCAUUGCCAACCAAUGCAUUCUGCAGCAUGGUUAAGGUUUAGUCCGUUCCUGUGUGACCCCUGUCACAUGAUGCUUUUUUGCCUGAGGAUAUUGUUUCUCCCUAGAGAGGGGGAGAGCAAGCUAGAGAGUGAGGGGGUGAGCUAGAGAGGGGGAGAGCCAGAGAGGGAGGGGGAACAACGAGGGAGUACAAGCUAGAAAGAGAGGGUGAGCAGUGAGUGACUGCAAGAGGGGGAGGGAGUGGGUGCUGCAGAGAGAGAGAGAGGGAGGGAGAGCAAGAGAGUGGUUGCAGUUCCAGCUCACGAGUUCCUGAGGAAGUCAUAUGACAGGCACUCACAUGUUCCAGGCCUUUGUGUACUCUAUCAGGGCAUGGCGAGACAUUUGUUUGAUGUGAGCCAUUACUAAAGCGAAACAACGCACGCAGUCUGCAAAAGCAUUCCAGUGUAAUAGGGUGCCAUUCUCUGUAGACAAAUUAAGAGUCACAUCACAUGGGGGGGGGAAUAAGAUUGGUGUUUAGUUUUAAUCUGUAUGGAUUUAAGACUAACAGAAAUAACUUUGAAUGCUCUGACAUCAAUCUCAUCUAAUUUCAUGAGUUACAGAAAGCCUCUAUAUGUUGGUUUGCUUAGAAAUCCGAGAUAAAGCUUUGGUAAAGGCUUGAUGGUUUUUUAUUUUAUUUACAUUUAACAUCACUAACACACUGUAUUCUGUUUCUUACAAAAGCACUCGAUGCACUGUAUUUUUAUUGUUAUUAUUAAUAUUUAAGCAAUGUAUGUCUAUAAACAUUCAAACAUGAACAGAAUAACAUUUUUGUCGCUCUACGCACAUAUUUUAUGGGGGAAAGGUUGUACCGCUAAACUCUUGAAUUCCAUCCUGGUGUGUGUAUGUGUAAUUAAACUGCCAGACGAUUAAUAUAAAAUGUGCAAAAGAUAUCCAGUGUUUGUGUUUAAAGAUCAGUCAGAAGCUCAUCGAACCUAGGACAGAGGCUAUAUGCCUAUUAUUUAUGUGAUAGGCCAUGACAAAUACUAGUAUUUUUUGGGGGGUGUGUGCUAGAAACUCCUAUCCUAGGACCAGGGCCUUAUUCUACAUACACUACAUGACCAAAAGUAUGUGGACACCUGCUCAUCGAACAUCUCAUUCCAAAAUCAUGGGCAUUAAUAUGGAGUUGGUCCCCCCUUUGCUGCUAUAACAGCCUCCACUCUUCUGGGAAGGCUUUCCACUAGAUGUUGGAACACUGCUGCCGGGAAUGCUUCCAUUCAGCCACGAGCAUUAGUGAGGUUGGGCACUGAUGUUGGGCAAUUAGGCCUGGCUCGCAGUCGGCGUUCCAAUUCCUCCCAAAGGUGUUUGAUGGGGUUGAGGUCAGGGCUCUGUUCUGGCCAGUCAAGUUCUUCCACACCGAUCUCGACAAACCAUUUCUGUAUGGCCCUCGCUUUGUGCACGGGGGCAUUGUCAUGCUGAAACAGGAAAGGGCCUUCCUUAAACUGUUGCCACAAAGUUGGAAGCACAGAAUCGUCUAGAAUGUCAUUGUAUGCUGUAGUGUUAAGAUUUCCCUUCACUGGAACUAAGCGGCCUAGCCCGAACCAUGAAAAACAGCCCAGACCAUUAUUCCUCCUCCACCAAACUUUACAGUUGACACUGGGCAUUGGGGCAGGUAGCGUUCUCCUGGCAUCCUAAAAAAAAUUAUGCACGCAUGACUGUAAGUCGCUUUGGAUAAAAGCGUCUGCUAAAUGGCCUAUUAUAUUAUAUUAUAUUAUAUUAUAUUAUUAUCCGCCAAACCCAGAUUCGUCCGUCGGACUGCCAGAUGGUGAAGCGUGAUUCAUCACUCCAGAGAACGCGUUUCUACUGCUCCAGAGUCCAAUGGAGGCGAGCUUUACACCACUCUAGCCAACGCUUGGCAUUGCACAUGGUGAUCUUAUGCUUGUGUGCGGCUGCUUGGCCAUGGAAACCCAUUUCUUGAAGCUCCCAACGAACAGUCCUUGUGCUGACGUUGCUUCCAGAGGCAGUUUGGAAGUUGGUAGUGAGUGUUGCAACCGAGGACAGACAAUUUUUACGCGCUUCAGCACUCGGCGGUCCCAUUCUGUGAGCUUGUGUGGCCUACCACUUUGCGGCUGAGCCGUUGUUGCUCCUAGACGUUUCCACUUCACAAUAACAGCACUUACAGUUGACCGGGGCAGCUCUAGCAGGGCAGAAAUUUGACAAACUGACUUGUUGGAAAGGUGGGAUGCCACAUUGAAAGUCACUGAGCUCUUCAGUAAGGCCAUUCUACUGCCAAUGUGUUGUUAGGCUAUGGAGAUUGCAUGGCAGUGUGCUCGAUUUUAUACACCUGUCAGCAACAGGUGUGGCUGAAAUUGCCGAAUCCACUAAUUUUGAAGGGGUGUCCACAUACUUUUGUGUAUAUAUAGUAUAUGUGAAUGUAUUAUUUGUGUGGUCCUCCCCCAGCAGAAGAUGUGCAGUAGCGAGGCCCAGGUGAAGGUGUUUGGGAAGUGCUGUCAGCUGAGGCCUACAGGGGGCAGCUCCAGCUCUCUGGAUAGCUCCUCCUCCUGCGCCUCCGAGCCCCGGGAACCCAGGGAACAGGGCCUGCGCUUCCAGGUGAGAACAUACUGUUGGAUAGAGGGCGCACUUGGCACAAGGCCUGUUUUGGCAUGGGCAACACCAUUGAAAGGACAUGAGCUCUCUAGUGCAUCUUUAUGGGUAAGAACGGUACCUCUGACACCUCCCACACUGUUCGGAUAGAUGGGCAACAUUUCCUUAAAGCAUACCACUGAGGGCUAUAUCAUGAUCAAAAGACACUGGCUUGAACCCAAUAGAGUUUGACGUUAAGGGUUGCCCUAUUGCCUGGGGCAAGUAAACUGAGCAGUCGCUCAUGGUGGUUUUCAGAUCCUGCUCUGAUAAUUAUUUUACUGAUAAUUCCUGUACUGUUCUUUCUGCUUUGUCCCCUAUGUGUAGUUGAAAUGCAAGCAAUAUAUGGUUCUUCUGCAUAAAUAGCUAAUUUACAUUUGAGGUAUUAUGUUUGUCUUGAUGGCAUAAAAACCAUGCAAUUUCCUCGCCCUCUCCCUUCUCCCUCUUCUCCUACUCCUUUCCCUCUCUCCCCCUCUCCUGCCUCUCAGGGGUCACGGUGCUCCUCUGACGCCAACAUGUUGGGGGAGAUGAUGUUUGGCUCUGUGGCCAUGAGCUACAAGGGCUCCACACUCAAGAUCCAUCAGAUACGGUGAGUUCCAGGGAACAUGGCAGCCCCACAGCACUUUGAACUGAGAAAUGUACACAUCAGCUGUCUUGACGUCAUUAUUGCACAUAUAUCACACGUCAGGAGCACCAAGUCAUCAUUCAUUUUUUUUUCUCCUCCCCCUCUAUUUUUCUCCCCCUUUCUCCCUUGUCUGUCCACAGGUCGCCCCCUCAGCUGAUGCUGAGUAAAGUGUUUACAGCCCGAACAGGGAGCAGUGUCUAUGGCAGCCUUAACACGUAAGCCCUACUACCACACCCUGCCCUCAUCUCUCUCUCUCUCUCAUCCGCUCUUUCUUCCUCUCCAUCCCUCUCUCACUCUUUUUCGCUCUGUUUCUCUCUCGGCCUCUCUCUCCUCCCUCCUCUUUCUAUCUCGAUCUCUUCUGCUGAUGCCCUUGAACCUGUGCCGUUGUCUGUGUGCUCCUGGCAGACUGCAAGACAGCCUGGAGUUCAUCGGUCAGGACCCCAACGCUCUGAGGCCAGAUCAGAACACUGUGGCCAACGGCCUCCUGGGGAACAUAGGUAACCACAACUACAGUACAACUGACUGGUCUGGCACCUACAAUGUCUCACACAUGAAUUUUACAUUUACAUUUUAGUCAUUUAGCAGACGCUCUUAUCCAGAGCGACUUACAGUUAGUGAGUGCAUACAUUUCUUUUUUUCAUACUGGCUCCCCAUGGGAAUCGAACCCACAACCCUGGCGUUGCAAACGCCAUGCUCUACCAACUGAGCUACACGGGACUAGAAUGGAUGAAUGUAUACUGUUGAUAUCGACACCUAUGGGUUUUCUUUUCUUUUGGUUGUAAUGAAGCACUGUUCUGUUUAUCUCCGUUUAUCUAUCAUGUCUUUGUUCGUCGUUCUAUCCAUGUAUAUACGCAGGUAACUUCCAAAAUAAAGGAAACACCAACAUAGUGUCUUAAUAGGGCGUUGGGCCCACCACGAGCCGGCAGAACAGCUUCAAUGCACCUUGGCAUAGAUUCUACAAUUGUCUGGAACUCUGAUGUCGCAUCCCUCCAAUAGUCUUCCACGAGAAAUUCCAUAAUUAUGUGUUUUGUUGAUUUUGGUGGAAAACACAGUCUCAGGCACCGCUCCAGAACCUCCCAUAGUUGUUCAAUUGGGUUGCGAUCUGGUGACUAAGACACACACACCCUUUAAACCCCCUAUUCUCAUUUGAGACACCUCUUUCAAAGUCACUGAGAUCUCUUCUUCUAGCCAUGGUAGCCAAAAUAAUGGGCAACUUGGCAUUUUUAUACAUUACCCUAAGCAUGAUGGGAUGUUAAUUGCUUAAUUCACUCAGGAACAGCACCUGUGUGGAAGCACCUGCUUUCAAUAUACUUUGUAUCCCUCAUUUACUCAAGUGUUUCCUUUAUUUUGGCAGUUACCUGUAUGUGAUCUGUGUUGCAAAUCUGUAUCAGACACUGACUAUCUUUUUAAGUUUGUUACAUGUAAAUUGACUUCAACUGAAUUCAUGUGUAUUCUCCAGGCAAACUGUUUAUGUUCAUUUUCCUCUAACAUACAUUUCAGGACAGUUUAAAACAGGCUGAAUUGAAUUUGCCAAGAGUUCUCCCCUGGAGUCUGUGCCUCUAGUGCGGAGAUUUAUGAUGCAAACACAGAUCUUUUGGCAAAUUCAUCUCUUGUUUUGGCAGUCUUUUUUUUCUUUGUCAUCCCUACAGAAAAUACUCUCCUUUACAAUUUCAGAAUGUUUCUAAAAAGCCUUUUGCUGUGAGGUUGUAUUUUCUGUGUGGGAUCGCAGUCCACCUGACUGACUACUCCGUGGAAACUAAACAUAUCCAACGGACGUUGUGGUUCCGUUGUGGUCACAUUGUGGUCCCAGACUGCUCCAGGUUGUCCGUCUCUCCGUCGGGUUAGAGUGCGUACAUGGUAGUUAGCCUCCUGCUUCACUACUAACCGUGGUUCAUGUCCUGUUUUGUUUUGUCUCUUCUCCCUGUCCGUUUGUGCUGCGCAGGUUUAUCUCAGCUCUGCAGCCCACGGCGGGCCUUCUCUGAGCAGGGCCCGCUCCGCCUCAUCAAGAGUGCCUCUUUCUUUUCAGGUUUGCAGUGUGCUUGUGUGCAGUUGCAUGCAUGUGUACGUACGCUGCAUGUGUCUGCAAGUGAAUUACGGGCAUGGUCAAGAUCUGCUUUAGGGUGUUGCUGCUGGUUGUUGUAUUCCUCACUUUCCUCACUUUCCUCCCUCCCUCCUUCCAUCGCUCCCUCCUACUCUCCGUCCCCCCUCCUCCUUUUCCUCCCUCUCUCCCCUAACCGCCGAAACCUCUCCCCUUGUUUUAAUGGAGUGGUGGCAGGGGUGGUGAUUUACGUAUAAAUAGCCUCCCUGUGACCCUCUGUAAGCCACAGCUAGGUGGCACGGCACAGCAAGUAGCGCUCUAGCUAUGCUAAAGUGGAAUGUUCAUACGGUGCAGGCCAGGGUGAGCGGGGUUAACGGUGCGUUGCUGCAAAGCUUGUGUUGAUUUGACCGUAAAUCAUAUCAACAGGACAACACCAAACAAUGCCUUUGACACCACAUGCAAUGAGAGGUUUACAUUUUCUGCACUCGUAAACUAUAGUGUGAACUUUCCUUUUGUCAUUUAGCCUAUUGUGUUAACGCCGAAGUAAACAUCUGAGAUCAUACAAACGUACAUGUAUCUCCUAUGCUACUGCUGCUGCACCUGCUUCAACAGAGUGGGGCUAGAGUGAGAAACGCAACAAACCACAUUACCCUAGUAGAGGCCCAGCACCUGCUUGUGUUUUUUCCUGUAGGAAGUGUUGCACUGUGGUGAUAUGUAAUUGGUGGACUUGGUCAUUUUGAAAUGAAUGUUCGGUGGUAGUGAAGGUGGCCCCAUGCUUUGAGAGUGGUGCUGGGUAAAGCACUGGCACCCCUCCCGGCUUGCGCUCCUCAGUGACCCGAGUCGGCCUGGUCUGUUUCUCAAAGUCUUUCCCCUCCUCUCCCUCCUGCAGGCCACAGUAACCCCAUGGACAUGCCGGGCAGAAGCCUGUACGACGAGAGAGACAGCGGUAUCGCCAGAUCAGGUAAUGACUUUAAACUAAAUCCAGGAUUGGCCUCACUAGACACCCUGCGCUGAUACUAAGCCUUAUAUGUCUCUGAGAUGUUGCAACUAGGUUAAUGGGUAUUAGUACUAGAUUCACCUCACUGGUUUGUCCUCUCUCGCUGAACCAUCUCUAAACAAGAGUGAUGUAACAACUAAUGAGUUUAGAUGAAGCCACGUUCUUCUGGGUCACGGCUGUAGACCAGUCAGCUCCACACAGCAUUUCUUUCUCUUCAAGGUCAAACUGGAUUGAGAGUGACACCAGGGUUGCAUCCCAAAUGGCACCCUGUGUCCUACAUAGUGCACUAUGUUUGAGCGGGGCCUUCUCUAAUGAAGGCAUAGCGCAGAUGUUAACGGACUUUUCCAUUCAUUGACCCCACUGCCACCAUAUAGCCAUCCUUCAUGGGGGGUGUGGAGAAGAGAGAGGUGCUGGAAAGUCUUGUGCAGUGGAAACUGACCCCCAGCCCUGGCAUUGCCGGCAUGAGGGGGAUCUCACUUUCUGUCAAACACCCGCGUCACAUGCAGAUGCUUAAAUAUAGCAGCUCCCAAAACCCUGUACUAGUAAAUGAGGGUCUUAUUUGGUCCCCUUUACACACACACACAAACAAACUCCCCUUCUCCUCCUCCUACACCCAUACACCGCCCUAGUCCUCAAUCACAAAAACAUUUGGUGUGCCUCCAUUGAUCUAUGCCUAUGCAGUACCUGGUAUUGGGCCAGCUUUCCUUGUGACUGUGAGGUGAUAUUGAAUGUCCCAGCCAUGCUGUAAUAAUCAGGGAGGGCUGUGGGAAGCUGAACGAAUGCAGUGUGGACGUGUGCUAUGUGAGUUUCCCCUGUUCUGUUGUGUAUGAGUAACCUUCCUGACUGACUCACUCCUCCUCCUCUCUCUUUUACCCUCCCCCUCUCUUCUAUUCUCUCCUUUUGUUCUCUCUCCUCUUUCUCAUUCCUCAACUCCUCUCUUUUGCUCUCUACACUUCUAUGGCUCUCUGUUACUCCCAUUCUCCCCUCUUUCAUUCCUCUUCUCUCACUUGCUCUAUCUCUGCCUCCCUCCCUCCACAGCGUCUCUGAGCAGUCUAUUGAUCACUCCGUUCCCCUCCCCGGGCUCCUCCCUCACCAGCAGCCAGGCCAGUAGCUACCAGAGACGCUGGCUCCGCAGCCAGACCACCAGUCUCGAAAACGGGGUCUUCCCAAGAUGGUGAGACAGCAGCUAAACACAAUGACACACACAGACACACACUCCCCUUCUGGUGUCCCCCCGUCAGGGCCUCUCGAACGCCCAUGUGAAGUGGAGCCCCCGAGGACAUCCUCAAAUUCCAGCAGGCAUACUGCUAUAUACAAAUGACUGGCCAUAAUACUGUGUGGGCCCACUGGCCACUCCCUGAAUUCUAGCUACACAUAUCAAUUACAGGACACCAAACACACUGUUACUGGUGUUGGCUUAAUAGUACAUGACCAGUAGACUGUUACAAAUGACAUUUAGGUAUUUCAGUUGUUAUUUGACUACACUUAGCCUACAGCCAGCUCCCAGAAGUCGUAUGUGAGCCAUAGAGCUCCCUGACUCUGUGUACGUGGGUCUUUUAGAUGCAGAAAAACAUGUUGAGUAAUCACACUGCAAAGACAUGAGAUGGAUCAGCACCUGGUUUUAGGCUACUUACACCAUCAUUGCCAUCUAUAAGAGCGAUGGCUUGUUGCUACCUAUAAGAUGGCUUGUCAUUACCUUAUUGUUUAUUCUGGGAGUUUUCCCUGUUGAAGACUAUCAACUACUCUUGGUGCUCUAUCUAUCCUGAUUUUGUGUGUUUCCCCAUAGAGAUAUAUAUGUACAGUGGGGAGAACAAGUAUUUGAUACAUUGCCGAUUUUGCAGGUUUUCCUACUUACAAAGCAUGUAGAGGUCUGUAAUUUGUAUCAUAGGUAGUACACUUCAACUGUGAGAGAUGGAAUCUAAAACAAAAAUCCAGAAAAUCACAUUGUAUGAUUUUUAAGUAAUUAAUUUGCAUUUUAUUGCAUGACAUAAGUAUUUGAUCACCUACCAACCAGUAAGAAUUCCGGCUCUCACAGACCUGUUCGUUUUUCAUUAAGAAGCCCUCCUGUUCUCCACUCAUUACCUGUAUUAACUGCACCUGUUUGAACUCGUUACCUGUAUAAAAGACACCUGUCCACACACUCAAUCAAACAGACUCCAACCUCUCCACAAUGGCCAAGACCAGAGAGCUGUGUAAGGACAUCACGGAUAAAAUUGUAGACCUGCACAAGGCUGGGAUGGGCUACAGGACAAUAGGCAAGCAGCUUGGUGAGAAGGCAACAACUGUUGGCGCAAUUAUUAGAAAAUGGAAGAAGUUCAAGAUGAGGGUCAAUCGCCUCGGUCUGGGGCUCCAUGCAAGAUCUCACCUCGUGGGGCAUCAAUGAUCAUGAGGAAGGUGAGGGAUCAGCCCAGAACUACACGGCAGGACCUGGUCAAUGACCCGAAGAGAGCUGGGACCACAGUCUCAAAGAAAACCAUUAGUAACACACUACGCCGUCAUGGAUUAAAAUCCUGCAGCGCACGCAAGGUCCCCCUGCUCAAGCCAGCGCAUGUCCAGGCCCGUCUGAAGUUUUCCAAUGACCAUCUGGAUGAUCCAGAGGAGGAGUGGGAGAAGGUAAUGUGGUCUCAUGAGACAAAAAUAGAGCUUUUUGGUCUAAACUCCACUCGCCGUGUUUGGAGGAAGAAGAAGGAUGAGUACAACCCCAAGAACACCAUCCCAACUGUGAAGCAUGGAGGUGGAAACAUCAUUCUUUGGGGAUGCUUUUCUGCAAAGGGGACAGGAGAUCUUGGCCAACAACCUCCUUCCCUCAGUAAGAGCAUUGAAGAUGGGUCGUGGCUGGGUCUUCCAGCAUGACAACGUCCCGAAACACACAGCCAGGGCAACUAAGGAGUGGCUCAGUAAGAAGCAUCUUAAGGUCCUGGAGUGGCCUAGCCAGUCUCCAGACCUGAACCCAAUAGAAAAUCUUUGGAGGGAGCUGAAAGUCCGUAUUGCCCAGCGACAGCCCCGAAACCUGAAGGAUCUGGAGAAGGUCUGUAUGGAGGAGUGGGCCAAAAUCCCUGCUGCAGUGUGUGCAAACCUGGUCAAGACCUACAGGAAACAUAUGAUCUCUGUAAUUGCAAACAAAGGUUUCUGUACCAAAUAUUAAGUUCUGCUUUUCUGAUGUAUCAAAUACUUAUGUCAUGCAAUAAAAUGCAAAUUAAUUACUUAAAAAUCAUACAAUGUGAUUUUCUGGAUUUUUGUUUUAGAUUCCGUCUCUCACAGUUGAAGUGUACCUAUGAUAAAAAUUACAGACCUCUACAUGCUUUGUAAGUAGGAAAACCUGCAAAAUCGGCAGUGUAUCAAAUACUUGUUCUCCCCACUGUAUAUAACUAUUGUCUAUGGUUCUCCACUUUUUCCAGGUUGAGAUCUUAUACCAUCAUAAGGCAUCAUUUAACUCUCUCCUUUGACUUUUGCCUGUUAAUAAUCCUGGCGUUCACUUCAUAGUCACGAUGUCUCUGUGUCCCCCAUAGAAUUUAUGUUUAUGGUUUCCCCCCCUGCCCCAGGUCUGUGGAGGAGAGCUUCAACAUGUCGGAUGAGAGCGGCGGUCCUAGCCUGGGCGUGGCUAGGAAGAAGAAGAUAGCCAUUGGCGUCAUUUUCCUCCUCUCCCAGGAUGAGGAGGAGAACAGCAAGUUCCAGGACUUCUUCUUCUCCCACUUCCCCCUCUUCGAGAGCCACAUGAACAAACUCAAAAGUGCCAUCGAACAGGUGAGGAGCUGCUCACAUAGAUAUUGUUGUCGGUGUGUGGAAAAGUCUCCCUGGUGUAUUUGACAGAGACAGAGAUGUUAGAUAUACAAAAUAAUAUGUAGGGAAUGGAGAGGGGGGAAGCAUUCAAUCAGACUUGCACAGUGUGUUAAACAUAUACAAUGUAUGUGGGCCUAAAAUGGAAAAGUAAAAACCAUCUUGUGUUAAAUCUCGACUUCUGUGUUAGAUCUGUCAGCGCCAUGUAUUUUUUUUGUGGCUGUAUGUAUUAUUUACAGUGCUUUCAGAAAGUAUUCACACCCCUUGACUUUUUCCACAUUUUGUUGUGUUACAGCCUGACUUUAAAAUGGAUUAAAGUGAGAGUUUUUCUCACUGGCCUGUACACAAUACCCCAUAAUGUCAAAGUGGAAUUAUGUUUUUUGAAAUUUUGACAAAUUAUUAAAAAUGAAAAGCUCAAAUGUCUUGAGUUAAUAAGUAUUCAGCCCCUUUGUUAUGACAAGCCUAACAUUUGUUUAACAAGUCACAUAAUAAGUUGCAUGGACUGACUCUGUGUGCAAUAAUAGUGUUUAACAUGAAUUUUGAAUGAAUACCUCAUCUCUGUACCCCACAUAUACAAUUAUCUCUAAGGUCCCUCAGUCGAGCAGUGGAUUUCAAACACAGAUUCAACCACAAAGACCAGGGAGGUUUUCCAAUGCCUUGCAAAGAAGGGCAGAUGGGUAAAAAAAAAAAAAAGACUGAAUAUCCCUUUGAGACUAGUGAAAUUAUUAAUGACACUUUGGAUGGUGUAUUAAUACACCAUCACUACAAAGAUAUAGCUGUCCUUCCUAACUCAGUUGCCGGAGAUGAAGGAAACCGCUGAGGGAUUUCACCAUGAGGUUAAUGGUGACUUUAAAACAGUUUGUUUAUUGGCUGUGAUAGGAGAAAACUGAGGAUGGAUCAACAACAUUGUAGUUACUCCACAAUACUAACCUACUGACAGAGUGAGAAGAAGGAAGCCUCUACAGAAAAAAUAAUACUCCAAAACAUGCAUCCUGUUUGCAACAAGGCACUAAAGUAAUACUGCAAAAAAUGUAGCAAAGAAAAUAACUUUUUUUCCUGAAUACGAAGUGUUAUGUUUGGGGCAAAUCCAAUACAACACGUUACUGAGUACCACUCUCCAUAUUUUCAAGCAUGUGGUGGCUGCAUCAUGUUAUGGGUAUGCUUGUAAUCGUUAAGGACUGCAGAGUUUUUGAGGAUAAAAUUAAAUGGAAUGAAGCUAAGCACAAGUAUAGUCCUAGAGGAAAACCUGGUUCAGUCUGCUUUCCAUCAGACACUAGGAGAUGAAUUCACCUUUCAGCAGGACAAUAACCUAAAACACAAGGCCAAAUCUACACUGGAGUUGCUUACCAAGAAGACAGUUUUCACCUAAAUCUGCUUGAAAAUCUAUGGCAAAACCUGAAAAUGGUUGUCUAUCAAUGAUCAACAACCAAUUUGAUAGAGGUUGAAUCAUUUUUUAAAGAAUAAUGGGCAAAUGUUACACAAUCCAGGUGUGGAAAGCUCUUCGAGACUUACCCAGAAAGAGUCACAGCUAUAAUCGCUGCCAAAGGUGAUUCUAACAUGUAUUCACUCAGGGGGUUGAAUACUUAUCUAAUCAAGAUAUACAGUUGAAGUCGGAAGUUUACAUACACUUAGGUUGGAGUCAUUAAAACUCGUUUUUCAACCACUCCACAAACUUCUUGAUAACAAACUAUAGUUUUGGCAAGUCGGUUAGGACAUCUACUUUGUGCAUGACACAAGUAGUUUUUCCAACAAUUGUUUACAGACAGAUUAUUUCAUUUAUAAUUCCCUGUAUCACAAUUCCAGUGGGUCAGAAGUUCACAUACACUAUGUUGACUGUGCCUUUAAACAGCUUGGAAAAUUCCAGAAAAUGAUGUCAUGGCUUUAGAAGCUUCUGAUAGGCUAAUUGACAUCAUUUGAGUCAAUUGGAGGUGUACCUGUGGAUGUAUUUCAAGGCCUACCUUCAAACUCAGUGCCUCUUUGCUUGACAUCAUGGGAAAAUCAAAAUAAAUUAGCCAAGACCUCAGAAUUUUUUUUUUGUAUACCUCCACAAGUCUGGUUCAUCCUUGGGAGCAAUUUACAAACGCCUGAAGGUACCACAUUCAUCUGUACAAACAAUAGUACGCAAGUAUAAACACCAUGGGACCACGCAGCCGUCAUACCGCUCAGGAAGUAGACGCGUUCUGUCUCCUAGAGAUUAACGUACUUUGGUGCAAAAAGUGCAAAUCAAUCCCAGAACAACAGCAAAGGACCUUGUGAAGAUGCUGGAGGAAACCGGUACACAAGUAUCUAUAUCCACAGUAAAACGAGUCCUAUAUCGACAUAACCUGAAAGGCCGCUCAGCAAGGAAGAAGCCACUGCUCCAAAACCGCCAUAAAAAAGCCAGACUACGGUUUGCAACUGCACUGCACUACUUUUUGGAGAAAUGUCCUCUGGUCUGAUGAAACAAAAUUAGAACUGUUUGGCCAUAAUGACCAUCGUUAUGUUUGGAGGAAAAAGGGGAAGGCUUGCAAGCCGAAGAACACCAUCCCAACCGUGAAGCACGGGGGUGGCAGUAUCAUGCUGUGGGGGUGCUUUGCUGCAGGAGGGACUGGUGCACUUCACAAAAUAGAUGGCAUCAUGAGGAAGGAAAAUGAUGUGGAUAUAUUGAAGCAACAUCUCAAGACAUCAGUCAGGAAGUUAAAGCUUGGUCGCAAAUGGGUGUUCCAAAUGGACAAUGACCCCAAGCAUACUUCCAAAGUUGUGGCAAAAUGGCUUAAGGACAACAAAGUCAAGGUAUUGGAGUGGCCAUCACAAAGCCCUGACCUCAAUCCUAUAGAACAUUUGUGGGCAGAACUGAAAAGGCGUGUGCGAGCAAGGAGGCCUACAAACCUGACUCAGUUACACCAGCUCUGUCAGGAGGAAUGGGCCAAAAUUCACCCAACUUAUUGUGGGAAGCUUGUGGAAGGCUACCCGAAACGUUUGACCCAAGUUAAACAAUUUAAAGGCAAUGCUACCAAAUACUAAUUGAGUGUAUGUAAAUUUCUGACCCACUGGGAAUGUGAUGAAAUAAAUAAAAGCUGAAAUAAAUAAUACUCUCUAUUAUUCUGACAUUUCACAUUCUUAAAAUAAAGUGGUGAUCCUAACUGACCUAAGACAGGGAGUUUUUACUAGGAUUAAAUAUCAGGAAGUUUAAAUGUACUUGGACUAAGGUGUAUAGUGGGGAAAAAAAGUAUUUAGUCAGCCACCAAUUGUGCAAGUUCUCCCACUUAAAAAGAUGAGAGAGGCCUGUAAUUUUCAUCAUAGGUACACGUCAACUAUGACAGACAAAAUGAGAGAGAAAAAAUCCGGAAAAUCACAUUGUAGGAUUUUUUAUGAAUUUAUUUGCAAAUUAUGGUGGAAAAUAAGUAUUUGGUCAAUAACAAAAGUUUCUCAAUACUUUGUUAUAUACCCUUUGUUGGCAAUGACACAGGUCAAACGUUUUCUGUAAGUCUUCACAAGGUUUUCACACACUGUUGCUGGUAUUUUGGCCCAUUCCUCCAUGCAGAUCUCCUCUAGAGCAGUGAUGUUUUGGGGCUGUCGCUGGGCAACACGGACUUUCAACUCCCUCCAAAGAUUUUCUAUGGGGUUGAGAUCUGGAGACUGGCUAGGCCACUCCAGGAUCUUGAAAUGCUUCUUACGAAGCCACUCCUUCGUUACCCGGGCGGUGUGUUUGGGAUCAUUGUCAUGCUGAAAGACCCAGCCACGUUUCAUCUUCAGAUUUUUGCUCACCGUUCUUGUGAUCAUUUUGACCCCACGGGGUGAGAUCUUGCGUGGAGCCCCAGAUCGAGGGAGAUUAUCAGUGGUCUUGUAUGUCUUGCAUUUCCUAAUAAUUGCUCCCACAGUUGAUUUCUUCAAACCAAGUUGCUUAUCUAUUGCAGAUUCAGUCUUCCCAGCCUGGUGCAGGUCUACAAUUCUGUUUCUGGUGUCCUUUGACAGCUCUUUGGUCUUGGCCAUAGUGGAGUUUGGAGUGUGACUGUUUGAGGUUGUGGACAGGUGUCUUUUAUACUGAUAACAAGUUCAAACAGGUGCCAUUAAUACAGGUAACAAGUGGAGGACAGAGGAGCCUCUUAACGAAGAAGUUACAGGUCUGUGAGAGACAGAAAUCUUGCUUGUUUGUAGGUGACCAAAUACUUAUUUUCCACUAUAAUUUGCAAAUAAAUUCAUAAAAAAUCCUACAAUGUGAUUUUCUGGAAUUUCUUUUCUCAAUUUGUCUGUCAUAGUUGACGUGUACCUAUGAUGAAAAUUACAGGCCUCUCUCAUCUUUUUAAGUGGGAGAACUUGCACAAUUGGGGGCUGACUAAAUACUUUUUUUCCCCACUGUAUGUAAACUUCCGACUUCAACUGUAUUAGUGCUUUAUUUUUCAUAAAAGUUUUACAAAUGUUAGAAUUGUUCUUCCACUUUGACGUUAGAGUAUUUUGUGUUGAUCGUUGACGAAAAAUGACAAGUAAAUCAAUUUUAAUACCACAACAAAAUGUGGAAAAAGUCAAGGGGUGUGAAUACUUUCUGAAGGCACUGUAUCAGGUCUCUGUUCUUGUCAGUGUGUGUAGUCUCUCUCGCUACUCCCCCACCCCUCUUCUCCCCCUCCUCUAAGUACAUGCCUUUUAACAUGCCUCUAUUCUCAUUUACAAGGCCAUGAAAAUGAGCCGGCGAUCAGCUGAUGCCUGUCAGAGGGCUUUGGCUUACAGCCGCAUGGUGGAUGGCCUCAAUGAAUUUAGGUGAGUUACUCUUACUUUCAUGUGUUUACUGAGACUGAGGCAAACCACACUGACAAUGAAGCAGGAGGGGAGGGAGGACAGGUGUAGGGAUAGUUUGUUGCCAUAGCGACUCUGUAUAUUUCCUUUUAUGUAACAUACAGUACCAGUCAGAAGUUUGGACACACCUACUCAUUCAAGGGUUUUUCUUUAUUUGUACUAUUUUUUUACAUUGUAGAAUAAUAGUGAACACAUCAAAACUAUGAAAGAACACAUAUGGAAUCAUGUAGUAACCACAUUUUUAAAAAAACAAACAAAAUAUAUUUUAUAUUUGAGAGUCUUCAAAUAGCCACCCUUUGCCUUGAUGACAGCUUUGCACACUCUUGGCAUUCUUUCAACCACCUUCACCUGGAAUGCUUUUCCCACAGUCUUGAAGGAGUUCCCACAUAUGCUGAGCACUUGUUAGCUGCUUUUCCUUCACUCUGCCGUCCGAUUCAUCCCAAACCAUCUCAAUUGGUUUGAGGUCAGGGGAUUGUGGAGGCCAGGUCAUCUGAUGCAGCACUUCAUCACUCUCCUUCUUGGUAAAAUAGCCCUUACACAGCCUGGAGUUGUGUUUUGGGUCAUUGUCCUGUUGAAAAACAAAUGAUAGUCCCACUAAGCCCAAACCAGAUGGGAUGGCGUAUCGCUGCAGAAUGUUUUGUUAGCCAUGCUGGUUAAGUGUGCCUUGAAUUCUAAAUAAAUCACAGACGGUGUGUCACCAGCAAAGCACCCUCACAUCAUAACACCACCUCCUCCAUGCUUUACGGUGGGGAAUACACAUGCGGAGAUCAUCCGUUCACCCACACUGCGUCUCACAAAGACACAGUGGUUGGAACCAAACAUCUCCAAUUUGAACUCCAGACCAAAGGACAAAUUUCCACCGGUCUAAUGUCCAUUGCUCAUGUUUCUUGGCCCAAGCAAGUCUCUUCUUCUUAUUGGUGUCCUUUAGUAGUUGUUUCUGUGCAGCAAUUCGACCAUGAAGGCCUGAUUCACACAGUCUCCUCUGAACAGUUGAUGUUGAGAUGUGUCUGUUACUUGAACUCUGUGAAGCAUUUAUUUGGGCUGCAAUUUCUGAGGCUGGUAACUCUAAUGAACUUAUCCUCUGCAGCAGAGGUAACUCUGGCUCUUCCAUUCCUGUGGCGGUCCUCAUGAGAGCCAGUUUCAUCAUAGCGCUUGAUGGUUUUUGCGACUGCACUUGAAGAAACGUUCAAAGUUCUUGAAAUGUUCCGUAUUGACUGACCUUCAUGUCUUAAAGUAAUGAUGGACUGCCGUUUCUCUUUGCUUAUUUGAGCUGUUCUUGCCAUAAUAUGGACUUGUGCAUUAAGAAGGAAAUAAAUUCCACAAAUUAACUUUUAAGAAGGCACACUUGUCAAUUGAAAUGCAUUCCAGGUGACUACCUCAUGAAGCUGGUUGAGAGAAUGCCAAGAGUGUGCAAAGCUGUCAUCAAGGCAAAGGGUGGCUAUUUGAAGAAUCUCAAAUAUAAGAUAUAUUUUGAUUUGUCUAAUACUUUUUUUGGUUACUACAUGAUUCCAUAUGUGUUAUUUCUUCACUAUUAUUCUACAAUGUAAGAAAUAGUAAAAAUAAAGAAAAACCCUUGAAUGAGUAGGUGUGUCCAAACCUUUGACUGGUAGUGUAUAUCAAAAUGUCAGCGAGCAGUAGCUCAUUAAUCCACACCUUAGGUUAAGUUAGUGUGAUGUAGUGUGACCUUCCUAACAGUGGCCAGUGUCCACACACGGUGUUCUCACAAGCCCAGCCAAAAUAAGCUCAUUAAUAAUCUGCACUGUAAGCAGAGAGGGAGCAUGUAGUCCCUACCUGUCCUGUUCACACUCGCACACGGUGACGACAGGCCAGCUACACCCCUGCUGCUCCCAGUGUAUGCUGGGAAAUCCCAUGCUGCAGAGCCACUGAUGCGGUGGGAGGGGAGGGAGAGAUGUGUUGGGCAGCGUGUGUGAAGGCUUCCCGUUGCUGCAGUCAUAUGCCUGCUGGCGCUGUGCCACGGCAACCCAAUCCCCCUCGCUGAGGAAACACUAUCUCCUUCAGACAGUGUCCGGGCUACCAGAAGAGUAAAUAAUAUGUCAGUGCCAUCAGCAGGAAGGCCAAUAUAGUCGCCCGAUUUAUAUUUGUGUUUGACCAUUGGUCACUGAGGUCAUGGAAACAUAAUUGCUCAAAACAGAAGAAAUGCCGCUUGAUGACGAAGUCAGGUGUAAAUUGACGCAGUUUGGUAUAAUACACACACAUACCCACGGAGGCACUGCAGAGUGUUACUAAGAUGGAAUCACGCACACAUACUAUGCUGAUUGGAUAUCUUGUCAGAUUGGGAUAUGAUGAAAACAGCUCGAGUCUCUUCGUUCGUUGACUGACUUAAAAUGCUCUGCCUGCACAACAUUGGUAUUGAGGUCACGGGGAAUGAAUGAAGUCUAAACUAAGACUCAGUCGGUUUUAUAAAUGUCCAGUGGACUUGACGUACCUUCACGUCCCGUCGCUGCCUUAAAGUUCACCUGAACAGCUGGUCAGAAGGGAUGUAAGUCUAGACCGUGGGCAGGCUUCCCCGCGUCCCUACCCACGCCAUGCCACGCCAGGGGCUUUUAAUAGCUUAUGUCAUAAUUGUUGCUGUGAUGAACUUUACCUAAAGGUUUUGGAUGUAUGUGUUUGUUGAAUAAUAACAUGAGGAGGGGAGAGUGGGGUUGAAGGGAUAUUAGUUAGGCGGUCUGCAUAUUUCCUAGCAGUGUGUCAAAAUUAGCCCAGUCAGUUCAAACCAAAAUCUGAUGUAAACAACACUGCUGUUGUAAAAGGAGACGCGAUAUGCCUCAGGCAACUUGAGCCCUGGGUUCAAGUCGGUAUAUUUGUGUUUAUCUUUAGUUUCUGUGAAUUCCAUUCAGGGAAAGACCACACAUCAUCUAUCUCCUCACUAACUGUCAUCUCCUUCCUAUAACCUAUAGCUCUUGUUCGAUAGUUACACUACUUGUUUUCCUCACUUAUCAGCAAACAUCUGGGCUCUAAAACUAUAAUACCGCACGUUCCUCCAUCCUCAGAGAUGCCUCAGUUCUGUGGAAAACUCUGGACUGCUUCCCGCUGUGGAAUUUCCAGACGCUGAAUUGCCUCAGAGAGAGGGUCUCCCUUGUAAGCAGGGCCUGGACUGAGAACUGUGACCCUCUUGUUCACCCCGAGACAAUGAUGGCUUGUGUUUCUCCCUCCCCCUCUCCAGGACGACCAUCGUCAACCUUUACACCAUGCCCCGCGUGGCCGAGCCCGUUUGGCUCACCAUGAUGUCUGGAGCCCCUGAGAAGAACCAGCUCUGUGGACAGUUCAUGAGGGAGCUCUCCCUGCUCAUGGAGCAGGCUUCAAAAAACCAGUUGAGUGCUCCUGUCUGUCUGUUUCUCUGUCUGUGAGUGCUGUGUGUGUGCAAUAGUGAAUGAGCUGAAAAGUCAGGAAUCCCUGCCAAUCUUUAGCUUGUUUUUGUAGAGGUUACAAAACCAAGCUGAACUUCUCCAAUGUUCCACUCACUGCAUUAGUAUGCAGUAGUCUACUAUGCAGUAGUCUACUGCCACGUGAUUUAGACUGACCUGUGACCACUAUGAUGUAUCUUUGAAUGAUCAUGAGUUAGAGAAGAGGGAAGCAGCAGAACACGAGGCUGUGGUGUUGGUGGAGAUUGAGAGAAAUGAGUCAGACAGAGAGUGGAAGCAGUAGACAGUUUAUGCGUCCAAAAUGGAACCUUAUUCCCUAUGUAGUGCACUACUUUUGACCAGAGCCCUGGUCAAAAGUAGUGCACUAAAUAAGGAAAAAGUUGUCACUUUGGGACACAACCAGUAUGUGGAGAGCAGGCGCAUGACCACUCUCUCAUCCUCUUCUCCCAGGUUCCUCCCUGCCCUCCUCACAGCCAUCCUCACCAACCACCUGGCCUGGGUGCCCACCGUCAUGCCCAACGGACAGCCGCCCAUCAAGAUCUUUCUGGAGAAACACUCCUCUCAGAGCGUGGACAUGCUGGCCAAGACCCACCCCUACAACCCUCUGUGGGCCCAGCUCGGUAAGGACAGAUCGAAUCUUACCUGGGUUAGUAGAAGUCGCAGUCUACUAGGUCAGCUGGCCAGUGCUCACAAUCCUUAAAUUCCAUCCCAACAUGGCAUGCAUGUUUGUCAGGUUUGAUUUUUCAAGCUGUCAGAUGGUAUGAAAGUCAUCAUCACUCACUUCAUGUUAAAUAACAUGGCCAGAAAUAUCUCUGUAUAGUCGACUAUUAAAAGACGAUCCUAUACUUAGCAGUGACUAGCUGUAAAUACCAAAUAGUGGGCUUCAUUUUAGCACAGGCAACUUUAGUGUACAACUCCAACUAGUGGCUGAAAAGGAUCAAACGCAACACAGAGCACUGAUUCCCUCACUCUCACAAAUGUAAAAGUUAUACACUUUUGACCACAUUUUCAUAUUUUAAUUGUAGCUACAUUGUAGAAUAAUAGUGAAGACAUCAAAACUAUAAAAUAACACAUAUGGAAUCAUGUAGUAACCAAAAAAGUGCUAAACAUAUCAAAAUAUAUUUUAUAUUUGAGAUUCUUCAAAUAGCCAACCUUUGCCUUGAUUUCAGCUUUGCACACUCUUGGCAUUCUCUCAACCAGCUUCACCUGGAAUGUUUUUCUAACACUUGUUGGCUGCUUUUCCUUCACUCUGCGGUCCAACUCAUCCCAAACCAUCUCAAUUGGCCAGGUCAUCUGAUGCAGCACUUAGUCACUCUGCUUCUUGGUCAAAUAGCCCUUACACAGCCUGGAUGUGUGUUGGGUCAUUGUCCUGUUAAAAAACAAAUGAUAGUCCCACUAAGCCCAAACCAGAUGGGAUGGCGUAUCACUGCAUAAUGCUGUGGUAGCCAUGCUGGUUAAGUGUGCCUUGAAUUCUAAAUAAAUCAGUGUCAACAGCAAAGCACCUCCACACCAUCACAUCUCCUCCUCCAUGCUUCACAGUGGGAACCACGCAUGCGGAGAUCAUCCGUUCACCUACUCUGCGUCUCACAAAGACAUGGCGGUUGGAACCAAAAAUCUCAAAUUUGGACUCCAGACCAAAGGAACAUUUUCACCGGUCUAAUGUCAAUUCCUCGUGUUUCUUGGCCCAAGCAAGUCGUCUUUUCUUAUUGUCCUUUAGUAGUGGUUUCUUUGCAGCAAUUCGACCAUGAAGGCCUGAUUCACACAGUCCCCUCUGAACAGUUGAUGUUGAGAUGCGUCUGUUACUUGAACUCUGUGAAGCAUUUAUUUGGGCUGCAAUCUGAGGCUGGUAACUCUAAUGAACUUAUCCUCUGCAGCAGAGGUAACUCUGGGUCUUCCUUUCCUGUGGCGGUCCUCAUGAUAGCCAAUUUCAUCAUAGCGCUUGAUGGUUUUUGCGACUGCACUUGAAGAAACUUUCAAAGUUCUUGACAUUUUCCGUAUUGACUGACCUUCAUGUCUUAAAGUAAUGAUGGACUGUCGUUUCUCUUUGCUUAUUUGAGCUGUUCUUGCCAUAAUAUGGACUUGGUCUUUUACCAAAUAGGGCUAUCUUCUAUACAACACAACUGAUUGGCUCAAACACCAUUAAGAAAUUCCACAAAUUAACUUUUAACAAGGCACACCUGUUAAUUGAAAUGCAUUCCAGGUGACUACCUCAUGAAGCUGGUUGAGAGAAUGCCAAGUGUAUGCAAAGCUGUCAUCAAGGCAAAGGGUGGCUACUUUGAAGAAUUUCAAAUAUAUUAUUAUUCUACAAAUUUAAGAAAAACCCUGGAAUGAGUAGGUGUGUCCAAACUUUUGACUGGUACCGUAUGUAACAAAGUUGUGUAGUUAAUUGGGAUUAACUGUCGUUAACUGUGGUGUUGUUUGUUUUGUGCCUGUAGGUGACUUGUACGGGGCCAUCGGCUCCCCGGUGCGUCUGUCCAGGACGGUUGUGGUGGGUCGGAGACAGGAGCUAGUCCAGAGACUCCUCUACGUGCUCACCUACUUCAUCCGCUGCUCGGAGCUGCUGGAGACCCACAUGCUUGACAGCGCUGAAGACGAAGCCAUCGUCAUCCCCGGCUCCCUCAUCACCACCUCGUUGCGGCGUGGGGAGGUGGAGGAGUCCGACUAUGUGCUGGUCACCAUGCACAAACCUAGUGGAGACUACCUGAGCCAGGGUCCCGAGCCCCGAGAGGACAGCAACUACCCCUCAGACAGCAACAACAGCCUGCAGAGUAGCACCUACACAGACUCUGAGGCUGGCAAUGGGCCUGAGGAGGACGAGGAGGGGGACAGUAGUAACAACAGCCAGGGCUCCAAGAGCAGCGUCCUGCAGGCCUCCAGCCACAACACCAACACUGUGCCCAUCAUCAUCCACACGGAGGAUGUUAGUGAGCCCACGCCGCUCAAGGAGUCACCAACCGCCUGUGUGGAGGCCAAGCUGGAGACACUGAUGCGUGUGGGCUCAGCCUCCCCCAGGGAGCAAGCCUGUGUGCGCCUGGAGACCGAGCCUGAGGCAGAGUUGGAGGUCAAGGCCAGCCAGGAGGAGGUGACAAAGGAGAUGCCCAUCAAGGUGUUCCGCUCCUCAGGGAUACCACUGGAGAAGAAGCCCCCUGACAAGACCAUACCUGUACCUGUACCCGGGCCUUUUCUGUCAAACCACCGAGAGGAGCCUGCCACCAAAGUGCUGUUUCUCAUCGGCGACCCCCAGUCCCCAGAGUCAGACACCGAGAACAGGAGGAAGAAGGUGGAGGAGGACAUUAAGAAGCACAAGAAGUACAUCAAGGAGAAACAGAGGCAGCAGCAACUACUACAUCAAGCGCAACAACAGCUACUACAACAACAACAUCAACAGAAACUACGACGACAACAGCAGCAACAGUUACUACAACAACAACAUCAACAACAGCAGCAGCAGCAUCAGAGUGGGAGCAGUAAUGGUGGUGAUCAGCGGGUGGUGUCUACAACCGGCACAUCAGCGGACCAAACCAGGACCAACGGGAGGGGGGAGAAGACUCUGAUGCGCGUCUCCAGUAAGAUGCCCCAGUGGAACCCUGUCAGCGAGGAGGAGUGCUCGGAGCUGUUCAAUGAGUACUUCAGUGACGACAACCCUGUAGAGACCAGGACUAUAGACGACGUGGCGAAACGCCUGGAGUUGUCGAGCGGCACGGACAAAACCCAGAAAGAGCUGCUGGACCCUUCGGGAGUCCAGAGCAGCAGUAGCACUAAGGGACAGGAGGGUACGGGACAGGUAGGUGUGGGUGUGGGUGUGGGUGUGGGGGAGGCUGACGUCCAGACCAGGUGUAGGUGUUGCUCCACGGACACGUCGGAGGCAGGCUCCUGUAGGAGUUGUUCUGCUGAGCAGGACAAGGGCAUCGUGAUUUCAGUAACGGUCCGCCAAGGGGACAACAAAGAGAACCAACAAAAGAAGGUGGCCCCGCUUAAUGACUGGGAGAUCCCCCGGAACGAGAGUUCGGACAGUGCGUUGGGGGACAGCGAGAGCGAAGACACAGGGCAGGACAUCCACAGGCAGAGCGAGAGCGACAUCUACUACAGAGAGGAUCAGGAACCAGACGAGUGGCAGGAGGAGGUGGAGGUCCCCUUCCCUGGGUGAGAUACACACUGCCUCUGAACCAAUGGCUUGGCCACUUUCAUACAGUAUACGUCUGAGUUUUACAGUGCUAUUGAUGUCAACAUUAAAAACAUCUGUUUGCAUUCAUAUUAUGUUUUCAACGUACAUAUCAACUUCUAUGUGAGUUAUAAGUGGUAGAAUAUGUUCUGAUGUCGUCUAUGCCAUGUUUUAAAUCAACAGGUCAAAGCUGGUGGAGAAUUUCUCCAAACCGAGCAUUGCCAACUUUGGGAGGUCCCUGUUCGGAGGGUACUGUCCGACCAAUGUGCCGGACUUUGUUCUGCAGGGGAUGCCCAACGAUGACAAGUUAAGGCAGGGCCUCAUGUCAGAAUUGGCCCACGCUGUACAGGUAAGAGACUGAUAUAUACCUCAAGCACUAAACAACUGGAUUGUGAGGCUUCGUGAGACCCUAAAGUCUAACUUACUUAAUCCUCGUCAUGCUUGAGGCACAUAAAACAUCCUGUAUCUGGUCUGCAGCCUUCUGAGCCCAAAGUCUUCUCCUAUUAUUUUUGCAGCAUCCAGUGUUGGAUGAGCCCAUUGCAGAGGCUGUCUGCAUUAUCGCAGACACUGAUAAGUGGAUGGUGCAGGUAGCCAGCAGCCAGAGACGAGCCACGGACAACAACAAACUGGGGAAGGAGGUCCUGGUGUCCAGCCUCGUAUCCAGCCUCCUCCAGUCCACCCACCAGCUCUACAAAAUGAACCUCUCCCCCAAUUUUGUAAGUUCAUACAAAUGCCAAAUUAGCAUGCAGUUAUUAGCAGUGUGAAUAAUCCCUACUUUGGCUACUCGGUAUCACAAACCUCUAAUAAGAUUAUAACUCUCCUCUCCUCAGUGCAUAAUGCACCUAGAGGACCGACUCCAGGAGAUCUACUUCAAGAGUAAAAUGCUGGCAGAGUACCUGAAGGGACAGACUAGAGUCCACGUCAAGGAGCUUGGAAUGGUCCUGGGGUGAGCAGCUAAACCGUUCUUAUACAUUGGCAUUGCAUCCCAAAUGGAACCUAUUCCCUAUAUAGGGAAUAAGGUGCCAUUUAUUUAAAAAUAUAAAUAUUGUAAUCAAUGUUCUUUCUGUUCUUAAAAUACUGCACUUUGUUAUUUACAUCUGAAUAACAUUCACAGUAACGGAGUUAGGAGAAUAUACCCAUGGCUUGUUGCUUAGCGAUGUACAAUAUUCUAAGCAUGGCUCUCUUAUUUCAGUAUUGAGUCUAGUGACCUUCCACUGCUGGCAGCCGUGGCGAGCACUCACUCUCCCUAUGUGGCCCAGAUACUGCUAUAA